GGAGGAGGAGUCGGCGGCGGCGGCUGGGUUGAGGUGCGAAGCGGAGAGCAAGACAGUUGACUCUCGAGGAGCGCUAACGGAUGUCAGUCAGUGUAUAGCUGAAAAUGUCCACUGAGCAGACUUCUUGGACAAGCUUGUCCACUAUUCAGAAGAUAGCCCUGGGCCUCGGCAUCCCAGCCAGUGCAGCAGUUGCCUAUAUCCUAUACCGUAGGUAUAGAGAAAGCAGAGAAGAACGGCUGACGUUUGUUGGAGAGGAUGACAUUGAGAUAGAGAUGCGGGUUCCCCAGGAGGCUGUGAAGCUCAUUAUUGGACGGCAAGGAGCCAACAUUAAACAAUUGCGGAAACAGACAGGUGCUCGGAUUGAUGUGGACACAGAGGAUGUAGGCGAUGAGCGAGUGCUGCUUAUCAGUGGUUUUCCUGUUCAGGUGUGCAAGGCCAAAGCAGCCAUCCAUCAGAUCCUGACAGAGAAUACCCCUGUGUCUGAGCAGCUCUCAGUUCCCCAGAGAUCCGUGGGCAGAAUCAUAGGGAGAGGCGGCGAGACGAUUCGUUCUAUCUGUAAGGCCUCAGGAGCAAAAAUUACCUGUGACAAAGAAUCUGAGGGGACAUUACUACUAUCAAGACUUAUAAAAAUCUCAGGAACACAAAAGGAAGUGGCAGCAGCUAAGCAUUUGAUACUGGAGAAAGUUUCAGAGGAUGAAGAACUUCGAAAGAGAAUUGCCCAUUCUGCAGAAACCAGAGUCCCACGCAAGCAGCCAAUCAGUGUGAGAAGAGAAGAAAUGACAGAGGCAGGAGGAGCUGGAGAACCAGCUUCAUGGAAAAACACCAGUUCUAGCAUGGGGCAGACUGCACCUUUGGAGAUUCCUCCCCACAAAGGAGGUGGUGACAUGGCUGUUGUAGGACCCAAAGAAGGUUCCUGGGAAAAACCUAAUGAUGACAGCUUUCAGAAACCUGGAGCCCAAACCAGUCCAGAGAUGUCCAUGUUUGAAAUCCCCAGUCCUGACUUCAGUUUCCAUGCUGAUGAGUACCUAGAAGUCUACGUUUCUGCCUCUGAACACCCUAACCACUUCUGGAUCCAAAUCAUUGGCUCACGUAGCCUGCAAUUGGAUAAGCUUGUCAAUGAGAUGACCCAGCAUUAUGAGAAUAGCCUGCCUGAAGACUUGACUGUGCAUGUAGGAGAUAUUGUAGCUGCACCUUUAUCUGCAAAUGAUUCCUGGUAUCGAGCCCGGGUCCUUGGCACGUUGGAGAAUGGAAAUUUAGACCUCUACUUUGUUGACUUUGGAGAUAAUGGAGAUUGCCCACUGAAGGAGCUCAGGGCUCUCAGGAGUGACUUUCUAAGCCUUCCAUUUCAAGCAAUUGAAUGUAGUUUGGCACGGAUCGCCCCCUCAGGUGUACAAUGGGAAGAGGAAGCUUUAGAUGAAUUUGACAGACUCACUUACUGUGCUGAAUGGAAGCCCCUGGUGGCCAAGAUCUCUAGCUAUGUCCAGACUGGGAUCUCAACUUGGCCAAAGAUCUACUUAUAUGAUAUCAGCAAUGGGAAGAAACUUGAUAUUGGGCUAGAAUUAGUUCGUAAAGGAUAUGCAAUUGAGCUUCCUGAAGACAUGGAAGAAAACAGAACUGUCCCGGACAUGUUGAAGGACAUGGCCACAGAAACAGAUGUCUCUCUUGCCAGCAUGCUUAGUGAGACCAAAGAGAGCCCGGAAGAGCUACCACAUACCCUGUCCUGCCUCAGCUUAUCAGAAGCUGCCUCUAUGUCUGGUGAUGAUAACCUUAAAGAUGACUACUUACUCUGAAGUCCGUGCUUCAGCUGGAGAGCCAUCUGCUUUGCAAUUGGGGGAGAAGAAAAAUCCCUGAAAUACCAGGAAAGAGAGACUCUAACAAAGGAAAAUAAGCUUUUGGCUGCCUCUAUAGAAAGGACAAGAAAAAAAACAGCAGAUUCCCACCUCUGUCCUUCCGAUUGUUCUGGAAGUUCACAAAUACAGAGUCCACACUGGUCUUCUCCUCCACAUACUCCAAUGUUGCUGUCAAACUAGAGGGCCAGAGAGAACAAGUCAACUCAGGGUCUAGAAAAAUUUUUCCGCUUUUGCUGUCCACUUGCCCAGACCAAGAAAUCAAAGUUUUUAAACUAGAUUUGAUAGCUUUUUCUCUGAAGCCAAAGAAUUAUGACUGGACUGAAAUAUAAACCACAGAAAAAGUCUAGGAAGAAAGGCCUAUUAAGACAAGAAGCUGGAAAGCCCUUUUCGUUAUUCUGUUAUUUCUGGAUUCUCAUUUCUAUGUUUCUGAAUCAGUCCUGCAACUUCCCAUAGGCUCUAUUCCCUUGAACACCAAAGGUUCUGGGUCACAUGCUACUUGAUUUGUGUGUCCUACCCAGUUCUUGAAUCAGCCCACUUACUGAUUGUGACACAACAAAAGGAUGGAAUCCCUUCAUCCCUUCCCUCCCCAACUGGCUCAUCCUAGCUGAAUUACCUUUCCCGAUUGCCUUGAUCUAAGGCCCGAGAUGGGAUGUCCAGGAAGAGUCGGUGGUCAGAAAGAAGGCCGUGCCAG